UCAUUCGCAAGCCAUCGAUUUUCUUUCUCACAUUUUGCUCGCAUCUCUCUCUGUUUAGAAUUUAAAAUUUGAACAACAUGACGAUAAGGCGACUGCGAAUGAAAAGGAUUUUAAAAUCCAUUCCAUUACUGAUAUGCUUUCUGGCUUUGUGUUUGGUUGGCUUUUACAGCGUCUUGUGGUCGGACUGGAUUGAGCAAAUAAAUAUCCGAAAGACUCAACAAACUGAUGAAGGCCAAGAUUUCAGCAAUUCGGAGAUUGACUUAGCUGACUCAAAUAUGGUUUUCAAUGAUGUAUUAAAGGUAGCAAGGAAAACUCUUAUCGUCGUUUCACACGGUCGAUCAGGCUCCACACUCAUGGGGGAUAUUUUUAACCAUCAUCCUUCUGUGUUUUACAUGUAUGAGCCUUUACAAUCCAUCAGAAGAGUCCAUACAAAUUUGAAACCUCAUUCAGAUUACAAUGACCUCGCCAAAGAUUUUUUAGCUGGCAUUUUUCGCUGCAGAUUUGAUUCUCCCGAAUUAUUGGCUGAUAUCGAGGAAUUUUACCGCAAACCGGAUCAUCCACGUGUCAGUAACGCCAUUGCAUCGCCACCUUUGUGUCCUUACAAAACUUCUGAUGAAAGGUGGGAUCAACGCCUUUGCCCUACUAUGACCAGCGAGUCUUUGGGAAGCGCGUGUAGGGAACAUUACGAAAUGACAGUGUUAAAGGUGCUCGUGGAUCGUGUACCCAAUAAUGACAUCGGAAGUAUUUUGGAAGCAUGCGACACAAAGGAUACUAACUGCAGAAUUAUAUUCCUCGUACGAGACCCCAGAGCCGUGAUCGCCUCGGCGCAUAGCGUGGGGUUCUUCAGAGACAACCACGGAAAUCCUGCAAGGCUGGGAACUCGAGAGUUUAGCUACUGGGCCUGUAAAAAAACUGAAGACAACUUGGAUUCUAUACGAAAACUUCCCAAAUCUCUACACAGCCGGAUCAAACUUCAACGCUACGAGGACCUAGCGCUGGACCCAUUAAAAGAACUCUCUGCUCUUUACGAGUUUGCUGGGUUGUCUGUGCUGGAGAGUGUAAGGACAUGGCUAAACGGAACAACACGGCAGAGUAGGAGUGCUUGUAACCAUGCACAGGACGGUGAAGAAGCCACAUGCACCAAGGAUGACGCAUGGGUGGCAGCAAACCGCUGGAGGUGGAAAGUUCACCCCCAUGAAAUUGAUGUUAUCGAGCAUUACUGCCGAAGUGUGAUGCUUCUGAUGGGUUACAGACCUGUAGACAGGUCCCAUGAAUUACUAGCUAAUAUAAAGAUACCUCUUUUCAGCCGCAAUUUUGAAGCAAAGCGAUGGUUUUUACAUUCAUAAUAGUCUACGUGGGUUCCUCGAUCUUAAGCCUCCCCAUGGAAUCGAUGAUAUUGUUCUUAAAUUAUAAACACUCUUCCUCUGGUUCAUAAAAGGAAAAAAAAAGUUGCACAUGUAAAAACUGCAAAAUGGUAUAGACGGAAAUAGGGAGAAAUGAGAAAACAGUGAGUACGCUGACGCCUGCACAACCAACACAACCUGAGAGCUUUUUUUUCUCACAGUUAGACUGGUUGCAUACGUUCUACAGCGUAUGAACCAUGGAGAUCAAUCUGGAUCAACGAAGCUCUCUUGGCUAAUGCGCCCGACUGGUGUAUGCCGAGAGGCAGGGUUCCAAUCCCCUCAAAGCCUGAUUUUUAUUUGAAACGCGUCGGGGACAGGUCUGCCUGGAGUCUGGCACUAAUAUGGAGCCUAACUAUCACCAGACCUCUCGCCGGCUGGUGUUGCUCAAGG